GGUCAGAAUGAGGACCUGAAGGCGAAUCCGCCCUGCCAUCCUCGUGCUGUAGGGCUCGCAGAUUGCUUAACCAAAAACGGGUACAAGGAGGAGAAGUGCCAGUCGGUGAUUUUGGCUUUGUACGAAUGUUGCGAGGCUUUUUACCAAUCAAAAGGAGACAGCGCUACGUCGGCGAGCUGUCCCAAGCCAGAUCUGCUUCGACUGAAACUGUCGAGAAUACGUGAGGAGUCGCGCGAGGCCGUUUCCCAAAAGUAG